AUGGAGGGCCCUCGUGCUACUUCGAGCGUUGUAAAGGGGAUUAACUUUGCAUGGCAAGAAGGCUAUAAAGACGUCGACGAUUCUGAGUUGGAGACACUCUUAGCAGUCAGUAGGGAAUUUGUUUGUUCACUAGAAACCGAAUUACAAGCUCGUCGACUGUCUACAAGACCAGAGCCAUCAAAGGCCGUCUCGGACUGCAUCAACAAGUUGCAGAGGCGCAUCAAGGACUGGAACAUCCUGCAAAGGUUGAAUAAGAAAGAGACGGAUCUCGUCCACGCGGCGUCCGAUGCUCUGACGAUCGAACAGUCAACGCGUGAUGGAGCGCUUUACCAGGCUUUUCUUCGCGAUGUCCACCGUACCGGUAACCGCACAUUGGUACUGUUGUGUGCAGCGAGCCUGGGCAAACAAAGGGUUAUAAGCUUGAAUGCUCGAGAGAGGACGGAUCUACUACAGAUUCUCAAGCUCACCCGAGACGCUUUGGCCGUGCCUGCGCUGGACUCGCUCGCACAGGAUCUGCUGCCUCAAGAUAUCGGUACCCCAUCGGUUCAAUCUUGCAAGAUCUUACUCAUGAAGCUGACCCAUAAGUCUUAGAAAAGUCGUAUGAACGGGGCGUAAAAAGAAAACGCUCUACAGAGAAUGUGGGCACAGCUCAACAUAAGAAAAGUCUGUAAUACUCACUUGUAACAUCAUCAUGGCUUAUUUGUGGCAGAAUUCGAAGCAAGUCCGCUCCCGAUUACUGGGGACUCUCGUGAAUGUCAAGACAAAGGUAAAUAGAGUGAACUGAAGCAUUUGUUUGCUCGUUUCCACUCACGACAAUGAUAGAAUGCAAUGUUGAUUCUCAAACACCGGACCAUACCACCACCAGAACAAUACACAAUACUCAAAGCGAAGCCGCAAGAUCUUUGACAGGUAAGGUGAUCACAGCACUACAGCUGUGCUUCUAUCUCUGA